UUUCCUCCCCCUUUCGAUAUAAAUUAACAAACCAAUAAAAAGCCGCCUUCGUUGAUUUCGUCCGAUCGCCCUGUCUCCUCUCCCUCCCCCCUCGCUCUCGUUCUCGUUCUCGAAUCGAUUUACUUGGCGACCGCGUCGUGUGGUCUAAUCGAUCAAUAUUUCAAUUGUGAUUUUGGGCAUCGAAUCAAAAAAUAAGGAAAAUUCAGAAUGAGCGAAGUUUUUGAAGGCUACGAGCGGCAGUAUUGUGAGAUCUCGGCGGCUCUCUCGCGGAAGUGCACAUCGGCUGCUCUUCUCGAUGGAGAGCAAAAAAAGCAGAAGGUUUCGGAAAUUAAAUCUGGCGUGGAUGAUGCAGAAUCUUUGAUCCGAAAAAUGGAUCUUGAGGCAAGAAGUUUGCAGCCCAGUGUGAAAGCUGGAUUGCUUGCAAAGUUGAGGGAGUACAAGUCAGACUUGAAUAAUUUGAAAAGUGAGCUAAAAAAGAUUACUACUGUCAAUCCUAACCAAGCUGCGAGGGAGGAUCUGCUCGAAUCAGGAAUGGCCGACACACUGAUGGUCUCCGCUGAUCAAAGAGGAAGGUUGAUGAUGUCAACAGAGAGAUUGAAUCAAUCUACUGAAAGGGUAAAGGAAAGUAGAAGAACAAUUUUGGAGACAGAAGAACUUGGCGUGUCAAUUCUUCAAGACCUGCAUCAACAACGUCAAUCUCUCUUGCAUGCUCAUAAUACAAUGGUGGUCCUGAGGAGUAAAAUUUGUGCAUGGGAAAGUUUGACUCAAGUGACCAGGUGAAUAUAGUUACCUGCUCAUAUUCGAUAAGAGAGUAUCUUGCACCAGUUGGAACCUGCUCUGCUAUCUUGCUCUUUGAAGAGCAAGUCCUUGUUGGGAUAAUCCAAUGGCCCUCUUUCUCACAUACUUUGUGAUCAACUCUCGGUGAAUUAUAUGCCUUCUCUCCUAAUACGAUGAACUUGACUCCUCUUUUCCUUACUAAUGCAUCUAACUAAAAUGAGCUUACUGGGACAUAUGUUGAGACCACUUAAGACUAUCUUUUCUUUUGCACCAUGCCCAACCACCAGAAACGAAUUCCAUGGUAUGGUUUCACUGCUGAAGUACUUCAAUAUGUUUUUCUGAUUUGACGGGACAAUGCAUCCCAAAUAUGUAACAAUUUUUUUGAAAAGAUUUGCUAUAUGCAGUAUGUUUCCUCAUUGAGAAUCCAUCAUCAUUAACUUAACAUUACGAUGCAUGAUUGUGCAAUAUAUUUGCUUGUAGCUGUAAGAAAUCUUUAAGCUUUCAGUCUGAAUUUUGUUUUUAUUUGGGCCUCAAUGUUAUAUGCACUAAGUUUUUUAGGAUGACUUGAAUUGCAGCUGCAUGGAGUGGACGACCACAUCAGUAAGAGUAGAAAAAUCCUGACAGCCAUGUCGAAGAGAA